AUGUCAACUGACGUAGAGAAUACUUGUCGUGUUUGCCGUGGUGAAGGUACUCCAAAUCAACCAUUAUAUCAUCCAUGUAAAUGUCGAGGUUCAAUUAAAUAUAUUCACCAACAAUGUUUAAUGGAAUGGUUAAAACACUCAAAUAAAUCGACUGAAAAAUGUGAAAUUUGUAAUACGACUUAUAAGUUCAAAAUUAUAUAUGAUCCACAAAUGCCUCAAAAUAUUCCAUUUCAAUUAAUUUGGUUAAAAUUUUUUAAAAUUAUACUAUCAACUUUAUUAAAAUCAACUUCAAUUAUGUUAUAUAUAUUAUGUAUUUUGUUUCAAGUUCCAUUGUUUUGGAAAUUUGUGGGUAGAAUAUUUACGUGGGCAAUAGAUGGUAAUUUACCAAUAAUUAAUAAAUCAUCAUUUUUCACAUCUUUAUUAUUUGGUGAAUUUGAUAUAACUAAGUAUAUGUCAGAACAAAGUUCAAAUUUAUUACCAUUACAAUUAUCAUUAAUUAAAUUUAGAAAAUUCCUUAGUUAUACUUAUUUUAGUGGUGUUCGUUAUUUAUUAGUUGCUGUAAUUGUUCAAAUUGCAUUAUUUAUAGAAAGAGAAUGGGUUGUAAGAGAUGAAGCUUAUUUAAAAGCUUUGAAAAGGAAGAUAGGUAAAGAACCAAGAACCAAAUUGAUAGAUAUGUUACAACAAACUGUUGAAAGUUUAAGAAAUAAUACAAAUGAAAAUACUGAUGCUGCCACGGUAUCAAGAUUAGAAAGUUUAACAAGAGCAAUUAACGAUUUACAAGAAAAUAACGAAGGUGAACAAGGUAAUAAUAAUUAUGAAGAAAGUUUAAGAAGAGCAAUAGAUAAUGGUGAAUUAUUUACUGAAAGGCAAAAUGAAGAACCAAAUGAUGACGCAGUUAGUGAUAUACCGACGGAUAACGAAAGACCAACUAUAUUUAUUGGACCUGAUCAUAAUCAAGAACCUGUAAUUAAUCAUGAAGCUAGAAGAAAUGCAGGAAUGAAUGAAUUGGUAAGAAAUUUUGUUGAUUUUGCAGAAGAUAAUGAGGAUAAUGAUGAAGAUGAUGAAGAAGAAGAAGAAGAAGUACAACACGAAGAACAUUUACAAGAUGGAGCAGCACCAGCAAAUAAUAAUGGAGCAAUUGCUGAAUUUUUAGAAAUUUUCGGUAUUAGUUUGAAUUUAUCAACUCCAAUAUUUCUCAUGUUACUAUGUGAUUUAGUUAUUGCUGCAUAUUUAUUUUGCAUAUACUUGGUUCCUCAUAUGAUAGGUAAUAUAUUCGUUAGUUCAACUGGAUAUUUAUUAAAAUUUGUAUAUAACAUUGCAUUGAGUAAGGCUGUUAAUACUUUAUCAACUACAAAAGCUUAUCAAAUUACAUCAUCAAUUGUUGAUAAAUAUAUCCUUAAUUCAACUAAUACUGGAUCUGAAUUUGUUGAUUUUUCAAUUUAUACUGUAAAUGAAUAUGUCAUUCAAUCAACAAUUUCAAUGAUUGAUAAAUUAUUUGUUAAUAACAUGUCAGAACAUGCUCAUACAUUGAAUGAAAGAAUAAUAGUAUUAACUAUUGGUUAUGGUAUCAUUUGUGGUGCAACAUAUAAAUUAAUGACAAUUUUAACAUCUGGAAGUAAACCAGUCUUGGGUACUCCACGUCGUGCGUUUAAAGUUUUGUUUGAAAUCUGUUCAACAGCUAAAGUCUUUAUCAUAUUUGCAAUUGAAAUUUACUUCUUCCCAGUUUAUUGUGGUUGGUUAUUAGAUUUUUGUAUUGCACCUUUAUUUUUAAAUACAUUUACUCAACCUUCAAAGAAUGGAUUACCUGUUUUCACAUUAUUGUUUACUUCCUAUUAUGAAUUUUUACAAGAGCCAUAUUUAAGAAUUUCAUUAUAUUGGGCUUGUGGUACUUUAUACAUGUUAUUUUUUGCAUUUUAUUUAGGAAUGAUUAGAAAUAAUAUUUUAAGACCUGGUGUUUUAUUCUUUUUAAGAACUCCGGAUGAUCCAAAUACAAGAUUAAUUCAUGAUGCAUUAAUUAAGCCAUUUUCUUUACAAAUUUAUAGAAUUUGGUUAAUUGGAAUUGUAUAUACUAUUUUCAUAUUACUUGGAGUUGGUGGUGUUACUUGGGGCAUUAGAUGGUUAGUACAAGCAAAAGAUUAUAAUGUAUUUUUACCGAUUCAGAUUCCAUCAUAUUUUACACUUGGUUUAUCAAUUUAUUUUGGUGCAUUGUUGGUUGAUGGUAAAUCAUUAAUUACAAAAUAUGUAAAAUUAUAUUGGACAAGAGUAUUUGAAAUAUCAACUCAUAAAUUAAGACUAUCACAUUUUAUAUUGGGAAAACCAAUAAGUCAUGAACGUGGAUACGUUGUUUAUAAAAAUUUAUGGCAGCAAUUACUUGGUACUGCAAAACCAGAUUACUCAAGACCAGUAAGUUAUAGAGAAGCACAAAUUAUAUUCAAACAAGAUUUGUCAGUUAAUGCAUGUUUUGUACCUAAUGGUAAUUAUGUUAGAGCUCCAGAUAAUGAUUUAAUAUCAAGUGAAAAAUUUGUUAGAUCUUUAUUUGUACCUGUUACGAAAGAUGAUAAAGUAUUGGUAGAUACUCCAAAAAUAGAAGAACUACAACCAAAUCCAUUUGAUUCGGAUGAUGAUGAAUUAGAUGAAGAAAUUAUAAAUUCAAAUAAUUCAUAUACAAUAGUUUAUAGACCUCCAUUUUUCAAAAUGAGAUGUAUUGCAUUGAUAGUAAUGGUUUGGAUCUUUGCAGUUAUAUUAAUAAUUUCAAUUUUAAUGAUAGCUGUGUUUAUAGGAAGACCAAUAGUGAGAGUGAAUUCAUUAAUGUUUGAAAAUUUCAUUUCGAAUCAAUAUAAUAAAUUGACAGCAAUAGAUUGGAAAUUAGUUGAUUUAUUAUCAGUUGCAAUUGGUUUAGUUAUACAAUUACAAGUUUUAUAUCAAUAUGAUAAAAAUAAUGACAUACCAAAUGAAGCUGAAGAAGAUAAUGUACGAAGAUUAUUGAAUGCUGGUAGAAUAUUCAAUAGAUUACCACAAUUUAUCCUUGUUAAAUUUUCCAGUUGUGUAUGUUGGGCAUUAUGGGUAUCCACAAUUCAUCAUUUAUGUGUUGAAGAUCCAUAUAAAUAUACUACAAAAUCAAAUGAAAUGUUUGAAUUAAAAUCAAUGGUGUUACAUUUCAUUGCAUCAUUUUAUACUUUAUUACCAAUCAUUUAUUACCUUUUAACUAUAAUCAAAAGUGGAGAUGUUAAUAAUAAUAUGACUAUUUAUGAUUCAUGUCGGCAUUUUGGUUUAUUUCAAGUAUUGACAAAUUUUGCAAUAGUUCAUUUGCCAAGCAUAUCGAUAAUUUUAAUCCUGAAAUAUUAUAAUUCAUUAACUCAAGAUAUUUCAAAAUAUGUUUGGCCAAUUACAUUUGGUUUCUUUAUGGUUAUCAAAACUAUAUUAUUCAGUACUGAAUUAUAUUCAAAAAUAAAUGAUCAAGUAAAGAGUGAAAAAUAUGUAAAAGGUAGAACUAUUGAAAAUAUUGAUGUUUCAGAUGAUGAUGAAUAA